AAUCUACCUGAUUCUACCUGGAGACUGGAGUGGAGGUCACUAUUAGUUACCCUAAUUUUCUAAGUAAAGUCUAAAGACAAGAUGAAGAUCUAGAAUAAUCUCUAGACUAGAUAAUAAUAAAUAAAUAAUUAAUAAGGCUUGUCUUCGAGAUAGUACCUGAACUACUGAAAAGAGAAACUAACUAUUAAAAAAAGAACAAUGAGAAGUCUGUGUACAAUGUCGACUUUUAAAAGUGUGUUGAUUCUUGGGAAAAGAAGCCAUUGUCAAAUGACAUUCACUUGUUUGCGAUACUUGCACAAAUCUGCUUCUGCAAGCUCACUUGAAAACCCUGUCAAGCCCGUUUCGGAUCUCUUCACUAACCCAGUAGAUCGGCUGCAGCCGCUAUUACAAAUUCCAAUAAUUCCAAAUACAGAUAGGGCUUUUCGACCCUCCAGAAAGGAAAUUGAAGAAGCAUCUUUGUUGUUUGAGCCUAAAAAUUUGGUAGGAGAAUGCUUUAAAUUUUUAGGUGCUUAUCCGAAUCCUCAUAUUAUGCCACGAUGGGAUGUACCUGAGGUUGCAUUUAUAGGAAAAAGUAAUGUGGGUAAAUCAUCUCUACUGGCAGCCAUGUUUGCCCAAGUACCAGAUUUGAAAGUCAGAGUUUCAUCAAAACCCGGUCACACAAAGUUGAUGAAUGUCUUCAAUGUUAGUAAUCUGUUUCACCUUAUUGACAUGCCUGGCUAUGGUUUUAACAUGCCUGAUCACUUUGAAACAAGCGUAGAGGCAUAUCUGAAAACUAGACGCAGUUUGACCAGAGUAAUAAUGCUGAUUGAUGCCACCACUGGUCCAGUAGAUGUAGACUAUUUAGCCAUUGAUAUGAUGGAAGAAGCAUCAGCUCCUUAUGUUAUGGUCCUCACUAAAAUAGAUUUAGCCAAGCCAUCAGCUUUGCUACGUAGCAUCGUCUCAUGUCUCAGAUUCAGAGAUGAAACUAAAGCCAACAGUUGUUUUCCUCAGCCAUUCUUAGUCAGCUCAAUGAAUGGAGAAGGCCUGGCAUUUCUUCAGUCAUUCAUUGCUUACAUCACAGGAAAUCUGAAAAUAGAAUCACUGACCUAAACACUUCAGCGUUUGGAAUCUUCUUGUAAUCUUUCACAAAAAUAAUGGGACUAAAAUAAAUAGUCAAUAAAAAAAUAUG